AUGAUCCAUGGGUACGACUAUAAAUUGGUGACAGUUUCCAACCUCGGCGAGAGACAUGGAACCUGGUCCAAGGUCCCAGUCAUCAAAGAGGCAUUGCGGCAUCACCAGUUUGUUGUCUUCAUGGAUGCCGAUGCAACCUUCCAUUAUCCGCAGCUGCCUCUGGAAUGGCUCUUCAAUUACUGGGACAUCACCCCCGACACCCUCAUCGCCAUGGCUGUGGACCCAAACGACCCCGAGAAUCUUGACGCACGGGGGCGUAUUUUCCUGAAUACUGGAUUCAUAAUUGCACAGCAAAGUCCGCGCACGAUGGAGCUUUUUGAAGCUUGGGAGUCCUGUCCGGAGAACAACGUCGGAUUCCCAGAUUGCUCUUGGUGGUCCUUUCAUUGGCCGCACGAGCAAGGGGCGUUUGGGACUCACAUCCGAUACCUAUUCAACCAGCCGGAGGAUGUGAAGGAGCUCCCCUGUGCCGAGGCCAAUGGAUGUCCUGACGUGGCUAAUACUGGGUGUAUCGGAGAGUUCGUGCAACACUGGUGGGCGCGAAAAGACCGAGUUGGCCCGGCUGUGGGAGAGUCGAUCAUACAAAACUUCCUGCCACAGCUGCAUUCAUUGUUCAAUCAACUAUCGCACAGUUUUGUGGACAACGUGGAUGACCCAUUUGGGGUUGGAAAGGGUACUCCUCCCGCUGAACCAAGUGAAUAG